UAUAAUAACCGAGGUGGAGGUUAAAAAAAAGAAGAAGAAUUAAAUAUUAUCUUCGCAGAGCCUCUGGGGAUGGCUGUUGCUUAAUCACAGCAAUUCGGGAUUGUGUUGGGACCGAGAUGGGCUCCGAGGCAGCCUGAGUCAGAUGUGAUCCCUGUGCAGCCGGGGCUUCUCCUGUGUAUUUACACUGUCUUUGUGCUGGGGAGGCGUAGCUCAGGAUGAGACCGGCUGACUUAAUUAACAGAUGACUUCAUUGGAGCCAGUGAUGGCUCCUCGACCAGCUGUUGGACCGUGGGGUGGUUGUUUUAGGGUUGCAGGUCGCCAGGUCCCAUGGGCAGCCCCCAUCCUGAAGGCACAGCCCCAAGGAUGGGCACGGGGCUGGGGGCACUGGCUGCCCAUCCCCAUGCUCCUUCUGGGCUCCCUUCAGCCAUUUGAAUGAUUAGAUGUGGUUUCUCAUUUUCACCAGCUUGCAGACAAUGGGGCCAGGGGGAAGGCAAGGAGCCCAUCUCCCCUGUAUCGGUCAGGGCUGAAUCAACCCCAGGUCUUUAGUCCGAGUUAAUUUUAUAUUUUGGUUCUGUUUUCUGAGGGCCGGAGCAGCUGGCAGAUGCUUUAUGGCUUUAUUGUCCAGCCGGGAUGCUUGGGAGAGGGCCUCGGAGAAAACCACGGGGUUUCGCUGCCCUUCCCUGGCUAGCCCCGUGCAAGUGCCAGCAAUGAAGCAGUGAGUGCUUGGACCUGUGGGCAUCGUGGCACCGGGGCUGCCAGGGCAGCAGGAUGAGCUGCCAAAAUCCCCCACGCAAGGGAUUUUUUUGCCUUGUACCCUCCAAAGGCGUGUGCUGCCUUGGGCUGAGCAUGGCCCCACCUUGAGCACUGUGGUCAGUGGGUGAAUGCGGUCACCUUGCUCCUUGCCUGGACCCAGACAGAUCCCAUCUCUACGCUGUUUUUCCAGGCUCCGAGACGCGGAUAGUACUGUCGUCUGCCCACUGCAGCCUGGCAGGAUUUAGUAGGGUUAAGUAUUAGGCACCCAGAGCCUAUGGAACAGAGCUAUAAUCAAUCUAAAAGUGCAGUUGUUUAUGCUGCGGGUGUCCCUUUGGGGUAGGAACUGGCCUUUUGGGUUGUAGCCUUGGGGACAGAGUUUCUGACAACGCUUUUGGAGAACGUGCUGAAAUGAAAGUAACAGACCAAACCGUGAGCGCAGACCCCUGCACCUCCUCAGCUUGCCCUGUCCAAGCAUCCUGCGGCACUGCUCAGAUGCUCGUGCCCACCAGAGAAGCAGCCUGGGACUCUGGCAUUUGCAUCCUCCAGUGCCCCAGGGUGACCGUAGGUUUGUCACUUCAUGCCAGCAUCCCACCCAGAGGUGCCACUGGCAUGGCUGGAGGGGUGGUGGGAGCAGGAGGGGACUGGGAAAUGUGAUUUGGGCAGCAGGAGGGAGAUCUGGAAGCUGCAGCACCUUGCCACAGGACUGGUGAUGUCCUGGGCAUAACGAUGCCAUCCCACCUCUGCUUGGACCCAGCACUGGAAACCACGAGGACAAAGCCGCCGCUCAUCUUCCUGGGGAGCCCCGAGUGCUCCCCAUGAGCUCGGGCUGAGGCAGACGGGGGCUGUGAGGAUGCAGGGUGCGGGCUGAGCCCCUCCGCAAGGCGCCAAGCCCUGGGAAGGGAGAGAUGGAGCAGGUAAGCAGCCAGUGGGUGUCUGGAAGCGCAGCUGGGUGUAGGGCUGCAGUUAGGAUCCCUUGGUGCCAGCAGGGCAGGUUUUGCAAUGCAAAUACCUUUCUCUUUGCAUCGAGCCCCAUUCUCACACAUAUCCCUGGGUUUUGUACAUUUUUUUAUUUCCUCUGGUUCUAGAUCUCGGUGCAGUCAUUUUUACCUGCGCGGAGGCAGGUAGUGCAUCCCCACCGCCCGAUGCGGCUGCCACCUCCAUCGCUCCCAGACAUGCAACGGGAUUGAACUGCCAGGUGAAAGGCUGGGCUUUGUCCCAUAGUCGCACAGUGGGACUUCCCUGCCGGAGGAAACUUGGUGGGGACCAAGCGCUUGAGGGACUGGACGUUCCUGUGGAUAUUGUAACAAUCCCGAGUGAUCGUAAUUAAAGCUGGCAGUUUGGAAGGGAUAUUAAACCUUCUGCAUCCAAGCUGACGCUGAGCAAUUUGAGAGCAGAAUGAGACCCCAUGGGGGAGUUGGAUUAAGCCACUUGGGCUUCCCAUGGGCCUUUCCCGCGUCCCUCUGAAGCGCCCGGUCGUGCCAACGGACCAAAGAGCUGGAAGUUUGCAGAUUCCUCCCAGCAGCGGCAUCUCCCAGGGCUGGGGCUGGAGUGGCGGCAGCAGCGGGGGGCCCGGGGCGGCCGCUUUCCCAGCCUGACACGGGGGGACUCGGCUGCAGAAAGGAGCGGAGCAGCCUCUGGGUUGAGGGACGUGCCACAAGCUCAUUGUGAAGCCUCAGCUCCGCCAGGUGAGAGGAGCUGCGGGGCUGGAUACGAUCCGGGGAGAAGGGAAGGAAAAUUGUUGGUGUUUGUGCUUCUGGAAGGGGGUGCAAACAGGGGGAGGGCAGCAAAUUGCCUUGGCGGCCUCUCCCCAGCUCCUCGGUAGGUGAUGCACGGCCAGUGCUUGGGGCUUGAAUAGACAUGGUGGUAGGGGAUCUGCUUUGACCCCCCAGCUCCUGCCUGGGGAGCCCAUCCCCCCCCCCCAUCGAAGCAGAAGCACCCCUGGGGUUUCUCCCUCACUGUGCACCUACCUUCUGCUCUUUCCGGGUCACCCGUGGAUGCCCAGCUCUUGGUGCCGGCAGCCGAUUUGGUGCAUAUGUGAAAUAUGGCCACCGCUCCAUUCCCCCCUCCACUGUCUCCCACUUCCCCAGCAGCGCGGGGCUCGAGGGGCCGGUGGCUGGCGGGGGAGCGCGGUGGUUGCUAGCCAGGGAAGGCAUCUAUUGUGCAGAGGCAGCAAGGCGUGUUUGCGUAGCCAAGCAAGCAAAUGUGCCGGGUGCUUGGCUCGGCAGACCCAUGUGCUGGGGCUGGGAUGUGCCUCCCAUUCCCAGACUGGUUUCGGAGGUGUGCCGGUGGCAUCCCCACCGUGGGCAUCGCUACUCCAGGGGUCCCCGGGCCAACCUCCCUGGUGUCAGUGUGGUGAGGGAAGACAGCCCAAAAAUUAUGGUGUGAGGCAGGGCUGAGGCUCGUGUUAGGUUCUCUGCCUGUCUAUAAACAGCUAUGGACUCCGGCUUGCUGUGUGCCUCAGUUUCCCCAUCUCUGUCAUGGGCAGAGCCAUGCUUCCAGCCCUCCCAGGCUUAUUGGGAGGAUAAACAGCGGUGGAGUCAUGUGCCGGGAAUCCAGGACCCCAGGGUCCACCUGGCUCGCUCUGUGACUCAGUUUCCCAGUCACCGCAAUGCUUGUUGGGUCAAGCAGGAAAACACCUGCCCAGAUGUGGCUGAUGGUUCCUUCUGCUCCUGCUUGGCCCCAGUGGUGGGAAGCCAGUGAUCAUUGGUGUGCGAAGGGCUGCGUUCACACCCCUCUCAUAGCCACAUUAGAACAUCCUGACUUAAUGCUGGUAUUUAUUUAAUGGAUCUAGAUUUGCAGAUGCUGGAAAAAGAGCACCGCUGGCAUAAAUCGCUGAGCUCUGGCAUGGGAGCAGGUGGAUGCUCGCCGAUCCGCUCCAGUGCGAAGGCAACCAGUUUGGUCCCAACUCUCUUGGCCAGGACAGAAGUUGUUCGGCCGCCAAUUUCUCCCUCUGCCCUUCGCUCAAAGUGGGUUUUUCUCCAGCAAAUGUCAUGCCUGGCUCUCACGAGGUCUUGGCACUGAAUAAAGCUGGGAGAGAGCCACGCAGUGUGGGUUUGUGCUACCUGGUCCGAGGGGCAUGCUGCCUCGCCGGGGAUGUGAUGAGAGGAUUUCCCUCUUAGGAUUUGCCCUGCAGCUGUUUGAAAUAGGAAAGCUUUCUCAUCGAGAAACGCUUGGAUCUAUGUUUUUUUGAGCGUUUGAAUGCAAAAGAUAGUUUGUGUUUGAGGUUCAUGGACUCAAAAGCAGGAGAGGCAGCGGCAGCGGCUUUUCUGACCGCCCCGAAGCCCCAGCCGAGCUCUCUCUGCUUUGAACCCUGUGAUGUGCUCCAGCAUCAUCCCGAGAAGCCAUCCAGUCUGGACUUGAAGAUGUCAAGAGAUGGCAAAUCCUCUCCUCCCCUGGGGAGUUUGUUCUGAUGGUUAAUCACCUGGCUAUUAAAAAUCUUGACAGCGGACCCCCGGCACAGCCACCCGUCCUGUGAGCGGCCCCCCCAUGCGCAGCCCCCCUCCAGCGCCCGCCAGCUGGAUGCCGUCCCCGCCGGAGACUGAGGAUGCCCCAAGUGCCUCGGUGACCACCGGGACGGGGGACAGCACCUGCCUGCAGCCGCCUCGCCUCAACUUCCCACACUGCCCUGCCGGCGGGCAAGCUGUUUUCUCCUGAGACGACCCCAACCAAGUGAUCAAAAUAGAGUCCCUCAAGGUGACGGUCGACUUCUUGAAGGUGCCCCUGGGCCUGAAGAAGCCCCCUCUGAAGGAGGCCCUGGCUGCUGUCCCAGGGCCGGGGAGACCCAAGCCCCUCGGCGUGGAGCGGCACAAGCCCCGGCACUCUGACACCAUGGACAAUGAGUCGCAAUACUCGGGAUAUUCCUACAAGUCCGGGCAUUCCCGCAGCUCCCGCAAGCACAGGGAUCGGCGGGACCGGCAUCGUUCGAAAAGCCGGGACGGGAGCCGUGGGGACAAGUCGGUAACCAUCCAAGCACCAGGCGAGCCCUUGUUGGACAAUGAGUCGACCCGGGGGGAUGAGAGGGAUGACAACUGGGGCGAGACCACCACAGUGGUGACGGGGACGUCGGAGCACAGCAUCUCGCAUGAUGACAUCACCCGCAUCACCAAGGACAUGGAGGACAGCGCCCACCUGGACUGCUCCCGGCACCUGGGCGUCUCGCUGGCUGGGGCGCUGGCACUGCUUGCCUUCCUCACACCCCUCGCCUUCAUGCUCCUACCCCAGCUGCUGUGGCGGGAGGAGCUGGAGCCCUGCGGGACACCCUGCGAGGGGCUCUUCAUCUCCGUGGCCUUCAAACUCCUCAUCCUCCUGCUGGGCAGCUGGGCUCUAUUCUUCCGUCGCCCCAAAGCCUUCUUCCCUCGCAUCUUCGUCUUCCGAGCGUUGCUCAUGGUGCUUGUCUUCCUCCUCGUCGUCUCCUACUGGCUUUUCUACGGUGUACGGAUCCUGGACUCACGGGACCGCAACUACCAGGGGGUGGUGCAGUACGCCGUCUCGCUGGUGGAUGCCUUGCUCUUCGUGCACUACCUGGCCGUGGUGCUGCUGGAGCUGCGCCAGCUCCAGCCCCAGUUCACCCUCAAAGCCGUCCGCUCCGCUGAUGGAGCCAGUCGUUUCUACAACGUUGGCCAUCUCAGCAUCCAGCGAGCAGCCGUGUGGAUCCUGGAGAACUAUUACCACGAUUUCCCGGUCUACAACCCUGCCCUCCUCAACCUGCCAAAAUCCGUCCUGUCCAAGAAAAUGUCCGGGUUUAAAGUCUAUUCCCUCGGCGAGGAAAACACAACGAACAACUCCACGGGCCAGUCCCGGGCUGUCAUUGCGGCGGCUGCCCGGAGGCGCGACAACAGCCACAACGAGUAUUACUAUGAGGAGGCAGAGCACGAGCGCAGGGUGCGGAAACGCCGAGCCAGGCUGGUGGUGGCGGUGGAAGAAGCCUUUACCCACAUCAAGCGGCUGCAGGAGGAAGACCAGAAGAACCCACGGGAGAUCAUGGACCCGCGGGAGGCGGCUCAGGCCAUCUUUGCCUCCAUGGCCCGGGCCAUGCAGAAGUACCUGCGCACCACCAAGCAGCAGCCCUACCACACCAUGGAGAGCAUCCUGCAGCACCUUGAGUUCUGCAUCACCCAUGACAUGACACCCAAGGCAUUCCUUGAGCGGUACCUGAUGGCCGGGCCCACCAUCCAGUACCACAAGGACCGCUGGCUGGCCAAGCAGUGGACACUGGUCAGCGAGGAGCCGGUGACAAAUGGCCUGAAAGAUGGGGUGGUCUUUGUGCUGAAGCGCCAGGACUUCAGCCUCGUGGUGAGCACCAAGAAGAUCCCUUUCUUCAAGCUCUCAGAGGAGUUCGUGGACCCCAAGUCACACAAGUUCGUCAUGAGGCUGCAGUCGGAGACCUCCGUGUGAGCUGAAGAGGGAUGGAGAGGGGUCGGGGGGGAGAGACCCUCUCCACACCCCUCCGUCUCAUCCUCGCCAUCUCCAACGGGGCUCAGGGAGGCCACGGCUCGAGGGCAGAACUGUGGCGGGCGCCAGGAAGGAGCACCCAUGCCUGGCUCCAUCACCUACCUGUGAGCACUCGCCCUCAGCCUCGGCUUGGCCCCCGUUGGGGUGGGCUGAGCCCCUUCCUCUUCCUCCUCCUCCUCCCCGAAACCCAGGUCCUUGUAGCAACCCCCCAGAAGGCACAGCCGGUGGAGGACAGUGGCAUGGCCAGGAAGGAGACAGUGUUUCGGUGCCAUAACUCAAGGGCUAACUCUACAUGUUCUUCACCAGCGUCUUCAAGAACCAUCAGGUCCCCAGGACCUUCUGCGCUUGCGUGUUUUCUACCUGGCAACUGUCCUGGCUCUGGCCUUAAACUACUGCCCGGCAUCUGGGGCUGGUUUUUAAUCCUAGAGAUUUGGGGGGGCGGGAGUAUUUUGCAAACACCUCCGUGAUCUGUGGCUGCUAUGAAAACCUCCUCCGGCAUCCAAGACACUGGAGCGGCGAUGCUCCUGGCUGUAGGAAUGUCCUCCUCGCCUCUCUGCUGAUGGUUUCUGUGCUCAGCUCUUAACAAAAGCAAGUGAAAAUCUGGUUUUUAAGAGAAGCAGAAGGUUUUUUUUAUAUGAUUUCCCUGCUCCCGAGGUGACCCAUGUCCCUGGUCCCAACAGCAUCUCCAUGGGGCUUCCCCAUGCCGGUUGGAGCUGUGGCCGUGGGUUGCAGGCACAGCAGCUUGAAAUGUCUCUCAGGGUCCAAUCCUGGCCCCGGAGCCAGCGGGGUGAAUGAAACGAGGGGUUCCUGAUGAGGGUGAUGAAGGCUCGUGGCUCAGUGAGGUCCUUCAUGUUCCACGGUGGCAGGUGGCCUGUGGUGGUCCCACAAGCAGGGGCUGGGGCUGGCUCACCAUCAGGGACGCAAAACCUUUUGCCUUCCCUUGGUUUUGUUAAGGUCACAAAUACCUCAUGGAUUUCCCCCCCCCCCCC